AUGGACGCCAUUUCCUUCCAUGCUCCAUUUCCCCGACUGAACCUCAGUUCUACUCCCCCUAAAGCCACACCCUUCGCCAUCACCUUGCCCAUCAUUACCAACAUCAGAUUAGAAAGGAGACCUUACCAAACUCAACUCACAACUCACUCCCCAACAAAUACUACAGACACCACAGCCUUAAUAGAAGCAACUCCAUCUCCCCCUCCUCAUUCUACAGAGCCAGUCAAUGGAAAACAAAGAAAAGAACCACCUCCACCGUUGGAGAACGCAGCUCGCACUGUUAGACAACUUUACAAACUAGUACCAUCAUGUCUUCGUGUAAUGCUCUGCAAUGCUCUGGACGACUUGAUAAGCAACUUCGUCGAGCCACAUCCCUUGCAGUCAUCCGUCAACCCCAAGGACGUUUUGGCCGGCAACUAUGCCCCCAUCGGCGAAAUGCCCCCUACCAAAUGCACCGUUGAAGGUCAGCUCCCAAGCUGCCUCGACGGCGCUUACAUCCGCAAUGGGCCCAACCCGCAGUUCAUCCCCAAGGCCGCCUACCAUCUGUUUGAUGGGGAUGGGAUGUUGCAUGCCAUACAGAUCUCCGGUGGGCAGGCUACAUUCUGCAGCCGCUUCAUCCGCACAUACAGGUUCACCAAGGAGGAGGAGGCAGGGUUGCCUAUCUACCCCAACUUCUUCGCAUUGGCCGGCGUCGCCGGGUUCAUGAGGCUCGCCGUGUUCGUGGUGAGGGUGCUUACUGGCCAGAUCAACCUGGUACAUGGCGUGGGGCUCGCCAACACAGCCCUUGCAUUCAUGAACAACACGAUCAUGGCAUUAUGGGAGUCGGAUUUCCCUUACGCCAUGCAGCUCACGCCGGACGGCGAUGUUGAGACGAUUGGCCGGUGGGACUUCGGCGGGAAGCUCAGGAUGGGUAUGACCGCUCACCCAAAGGUGGACCCUGUCACAGGUGAGGUCUUCGCCUUUCGGUACGGCCCCAUCUCUCCGUUUCUCAACUACUUCAGAAUAGGGGUCGAUGGCACAAAGCAACCGGACAUCCCCAUUUUCUCCUUCCAGCAACCUUCCUUCGUGCACGACUUGGCCAUCACUGAGCGGUACGCCAUCUUUCCCGACAUGCAGAUAGUCAUGAAACCACUGGCAAUGUUCACAGGAAUGGGACCGCCGAUGGGAUGCGAGGCCCGGAAAGUCCCACGCGUGGGGAUAAUCCCACGCUAUGCCACCGACGAGUCGGAGAUGAAGUGGAUUGAGGUGCCUGGAUUCAACUUCGUGCACUCAGUGAACGCGUGGGAUGAGAAGGGAGGGGAGGAGGUGGUGCUGGUGGCAGCAAACAUUGUACCGGUGGAGCACAUUCUGGAGAGGAUGGAUCUCUUACAUUGCUGCUUGGAGAUGGUGAGGAUCAACCUGCGGGAAGGGAAGGUGGUGGGGAGGAGGGCACUCUCUAGGAAGAAUCUGGAGUGGGGGGUCAUCAACCCUAAGUUCCUAGGCAGGAAAAGCCGCUACGCGUUCAUGGCGAUCCUAGAUCCGAUGAUCAAGGUCUCCGGCAUCGUGAAACUGGACUUCGAUCGAGCAAGUGGGGAAGAUUGCGUGGUAGCGACCAGGAGUUUUGGGAAGAGAUGCUUUGCUGGGGAGCCUUUUUUUGUGGGGAAGGAGGAAGGUGGCGAUGAAGACGAUGGCUAUCUGUUAACUUACACACACAACGAGGGAAGCGGGGAGUCGAGCUUCAUGGUGAUGGAUGCCAAGUCCUCCACGCUUGACAUUGUGGCAUCUGUAAGACUCCCUCAGAGGGUGCCUUAUGGCUUCCAUGGCCUCUUUGUCUGUCAAAGAGAUUUGCAUAAGCAGAAGAAUUGGCAAUGA